CUGCAACAGAGAAAAAAGAAAUGACUGGCUUGGCUCUUGGGGUGUCCAGCAUGAAGUCUGGAGAGCGGGCCCUAUUACAUGUAGGCUGGGAGUUAGGGUAUGGGAAAGAAGAGAGCUUUUCUUUUCCAAAUGUUCCACCAUUGGCAGAUAUAUCAUAUGAAGUUGAGCUUAUUGGAUUUGUUGAAACCAAAGAAGGGAAAGCUCGUAGUGACAUGACUGUGGAGGAAAGGAUUGGAGCAGCAGCAGAUAGAAGAAAGAUGGAUGGAAAUGCUUUAUUUAAAGAGGAAAAACUAGAGGAGGCAAUGCAACAGCUAUAGCAUAUAUGGGUGACGACUUCAUGUU